UGCUCGUAGGUUCCCUGCGAACUCUCUACUCAAUUCAAUGGCCACUCAUCUUCCCUUCCCUGCUCCCUCUAUCGUCACCAGCACUAUCCCUCCCCCGAAACACCCUCAAAACCCUAAACCCUCCCCAACACCUCACCUCCUCCUCGACCAAUGCGCCACCAUGUCGCAGCUCAAGCAGAUCCACGCCCAGAUGGUGCGCACGGCGCUCGCCUUCGUCUCCGUCGCCGCCACAUCGCCCUUCGGCUCCGUCGACUACGCCCGCCUCGUCUUCUCCCAAAUCCCCAACCCCACCUCCUUCACCUUCAACUCCAUCAUCCGCGCCUACACCAACAACAAUUUGCCCACUAACGCCCUCCAAUUCUACGUUGAAUUGAUUCAAGGUGGGUUCUUCCCCGAUCGCUUCACGUUCCCUUCUCUGUUCAAGUGUUGUGGGCGCCUCAGCGAUGGGAAGCAGCUUCAUUCCCAUGCGGUUAAGUUUGGGUUCGGAUCGGACACUUAUAUACAGAACACGCUGAUCAGCAUGUACUCCAGCUGUGGGUGUUUGAGCUCCGCAUGCAAGGUGUUCGACAAAAUGGCCGAGAAGAAGACCCUCGUCUCUUGGGCGACGACAAUCGCCGCUUAUACCAAGUGGGAUCGAGCGGCUGAAGCGUUGGAUCUGUACCGUCGGAUGGAAUUCGAGUCUGUAAAGCCUAAUGAGAUCACGCUGGUGAAUGUCCUCGUCGCUUGCGCGAGAGCCAGGGAUUUGGAAACCGGAAAGCGGGUUCAUCAGUACAUUGAGGCAAAUGGACUUGGGUUCGAUAUGGUCCUUUGGGCCGCUCUACUGGAUUUAUAUUGCAAGUGCGGUCGAGUUUCGGUUGCUCGUCAAUUGUUCGAUGAAAUGCCGGAGAGGAACUUGUUUUGUUGGAACAUUAUGAUCAAAGGGCACGUGGAGGAUAGCGAUUACAAAGAGGCAUUGGCGUUGUUUCGUGAUAUGCAGCUUAUUGGUGUUAAAGCGGAUAAAGUUACUAUGGCCAGCUUGGUUUUGGCCUGCUCUCAGCUCGGCGCGCUUGAGCUUGGGAAGUGGCUUCAUGUCUACAUCAAUCGUGAGAACGUUGACGUGGAUGUCGUUCUUGGAACUGCUCUUGUCGACAUGUAUGCCAAAUGUGGGUGUGUAGAAACUGCAAUUAGGGUUUUCGAGGACAUGCCCAAGAAAGAUGUCAUGACAUGGACUGCCCUAAUUGGAGGCCUCGCAGUUUGUGGGCAUGGUGAAAAGGCUCUGGAGAUCUUCAAAGAGAUGAAGAGCUGUGAGGUGAGACCCGAUCCGAUCACCUUUGUUGGUGUGUUAACUGCAUGUAGCCAUGCGGGCCUAGUCGAAGAAGGCCGUUCACACUUCGAUUCUAUGUUAAGUGUUUACAACAUCAGGCCUAGCGUCGAACACUAUGGAUGUAUGGUUGAUUUGUUGGGUCGAGCAGGAUUUAUAGAUGAGGCCGAAAAAUUUAUUCGAAGUAUGCCCGUGAAACCAGAUUACUUUGUGCUUGGAGGCCUCUUAGGUGCUUGUAGGAUACAUAAUAACCUUGAGGUGGCUGAAAGAACAGCAAGAUGGCUUCUAGAGCUUGAUCCAAUGAACGGCGGCACACACAUUCUCCUAUCAAACAUAUAUGGAUCAUUGCAGAAGUGGGAUGAAGUGAAGAGAAUAAGAGGUCUUAUGUUAGAGAGAAAGAUCAAGAAGCCACCGGGGUGUAGUUUGAUCGAGGCGGAUGGGGUUGUCCAUGAAUUUGUUAUGGGGGAUGAAUCACACCCUCAAUCUGCUGACAUCUAUGAAAUGGUUGAAGACAUGAUUCAGAGGCUAAAAGCAAAUGGGUAUGCGCCCAAUAAAUCUGAGGUGAUUCUCGAUAUGGAUGAAGAGGAGAAGGAGAGUGCUCUGUGCCGUCACAGCGAGAAGCUAGCGAUAGCAUUCGGGCUUAUUAGGACGAAGCCAGGGAUGCCGAUCCGUAUAUUGAAGAACCUUAGGGUUUGCAGUGAUUGCCAUGCCGCGACUAAGCUUAUCUCUGAGAUUUAUGGGAGGGAGAUAACUGUGAGGGACAGAUGCAGGUUCCAUCAUUUUAAAGAUGGGUCUUGUUCAUGCAAGGACUUUUGGUGAGUGCAAUAAUGUACAAAAAUGCAUUCCAUCCUACGGGCGUAUUCUUGUUAUUCAGUUGUAUUGAUUAAAUCAUCUAGCUUGUAAAUUGAACAAAUAUCCUAGUCUGAUUCUGGCUAUCGCAUGAGAAAUAUUCUUCCGCU